AUGAAAGACGCCAAGGAUGUUAUCCAGGAGUUUAACGAGCUUGUCAACAUGACCGCGUCGGAACUGGAGACUUGGCUCAAGUCCGACGAGUCCGGUGAAGCCGGCUGGCCGAAGGACGGCAGCGGUGAUGAAACGGUCGGCCACGAAAGCGGUCGCAAAAUUACCGAGAUUUUGAAGUCCAAUCCUUCAAAGAAUCCGCAAAAGUACGACGACGAUCAGAUAAGCCACAUGAGAAAGGUCGUGGCGUACUGCAAGCGCCACCUGGCGCAAGAGGAGGUCAGCCUCAAGAGCAAGUCUGAGGCCGAAGCUAAAAAGACCAAGUCGUACAUCUCACUCAAGAACUGGGGCCAUGAUCCACUGAAGAAGAAUAGCAGCAAGAAAGCAAACAAGGGUGACGGCGACGAGCAGUCACAGGAGGAGCAGGAGAACGGGGAGAAGCAAGAAGAAAAUAAGGAGGAGGAGAACGGCGAGAAGGAAGAAGAAAAUGAGGAGCCAGGCGACAAGAGAAAGAGAAGCGAGAAGGGCGGCGGCCCGGAGCCCAAGAAGCAUCGCGGAGGGAAGAAUUCCAAAGAAGAUAAAUCUGAUUCGAAAGACGAGGCCUCGGACGAAUCAGAAGACAACAAAAAGGCAACCAAGCAAGGUAACAAAUCAAAGUCAAGCAAUGGACCAAACCCCGGUGAGACGGUAAGCUGGAAUUGGGGCAACGGGCAGCCUGAAGGCAAGGUCUUGGAUGUCAAGGAAGAAAAGGCCACUAUUACGACCAAGCGAGGUAAUCAAGUCUCGCGCAAGGGCAGCCGUAAGGAUCCGGCCGUCAUUCUUGACACUGGGAAGAGCAAGGCGAUCAAGUCGGCCCAUGAGCUCAACUAG